AUGGAAAUUUCUUCACCACCACCACCAAAAAUGACUGACGAUAAUAGUAGAUGCGUGGACAAAAACCCGGCUGUUAAGGAGAUAUCGAUUUCUGGAAAAGGCACCGGUUGCGUCAUAUGCAUCGUUAUCCUCGUCAAUCAUCAACUAAUAAGACUAAAAAUAAUGAUGCAACGGAAAUUCGAUAAAUCGGAAGAAAAGGAAACCAGGUUACUACGUUGCUAUAGUUACAGGAGUAAUUUGACGUAUUGUCCAUCAAUAAAUCCAAUUGUCAACAAUUUUACAUUUGUUACAAAAAGAGAUUUCUCUGCCACUUGAAAUUGAGGAGUCAAUAUUUCCAAACGGUUCAUAUCGAAGUUUAUUGAAAUCAAAAGUGUCUGGAUAAAAAAUGUCUCGAAUCGUUAAAGUCUCAGUGGAAAUUAAGUUUGCACAGGAAAGACAAAUCAGGGAAGUCAAGAAAAGUAAAAUUGUUCACGAGAAUCAACGUCUGGAUAAAAAGAAGUUUGGAAUUAUCAAUGUCCAGAAGUAAAAAUAGUCUUGAAUUAGGAAUUGAAUAAUGGAUUUUUGUUUUGAAAAUGAAAUAUUC